AUGGGGAUCUGGAUUUGGUGCCUCGGCCUGGUACUAGGGCUGAGUCUCAAGAACCUACCUUUCAUGUGGCAUUUUCGAUUCUUUGGUGCCCUCGCAAUGGGCUACUUUACCCGCAGAAGGUCAAGCCAUGCGCUCCAACAACACCAUGCCUUUCUCCCGGCAGUGGUCAGAUCACGGUCACCAGCAACGGAAGGGGAUUUCAACUUUCAUAAAUCCAAUUCUACCUACAUCACUGAUCUCGAUGUAUCGAGAGCGUAUCUCAGUGGGUUGCUCUUUGCGCCGAUCUUCUUACAAAUUAAAUCUUCGACGCCUUGCAACCUGAUCGUCAGCGCGGUUUCGUGCACGUUUCAUCGAGAGAUCAGGCUGUUCCAACAGUAUGAAAUUUGGACCAGGGUUGCGAGCUGGGAUGAUAAGUGGAUUUAUAUGGUCACACAUUUUGUUGAUAAUAGCAAGUUUUGGCCCAGAUGCUGUGUCAUGCAGGCCAAUGCUUCGAUCAACAGCAAGAUGAGAUUUCCGGUAUCUCAUGACAAAGAACGACAAAAAAGUGUGUUUGCAUCUGCUGUGACCCGGAUGGUGUUUAAAAGAGGCCGCUUGACUGUACCUCCGAAGCGUGCUUUGGAAAUCUGCGGUCUCCUACCGGCUCCGACAAGCGAAACUCCGACGGUAGCAUCCCGUCCAGAUCCCGGGGCUGGGGUAACAGAGUCAGCUACCGGGUUCAAUGAAUGGACAGUAGAAGAGAUGGCAUUGUAUAAAGACGCGAAUCUCCCAAUCGUGCGGCUCGAGAGGGGUUGGGAUGCUGUCCGUGGGCUGUUCCGCGAAGAGGAGUUGGCGUUGGCAGAGCACAGGGAAUUCAUGUGGUGA